GACAUAUCGAACUUUGAAAAGCUUUUUAUCUUUCUUCAAUGGUAACCCUAACGAUCAAAGUUUUUCUUCCUCCCUUUCGCUUAUUCGAUACCCUCUUUCUAGCGCCACAUGUUUUACGGAGGAAGAGCUGUCCACUCUUUAUCUCCCUCAACACUACUAGUGCUCAUUUGCUAAAGCAAAACCCUAAAGUUCUGAUCUUUGGGUCUUCAGUUUUAGAAGAUGGCACUCAUUUUAGAGGCUAAAGACGCUGAUGACUGGAUAUACAGAGGGGAAGGAGCUGCUAAUCUUGUUCUUGCAUACAAGGGUUCCUCUCCUGCUAUUCUUGGCAAGGUCCUGCGGAUACAAAAGGCUGAUAAUAAAAGCUUACCUAGAAAUGGACUUGUAUGUGAUAAUGCCCAUUUAGUCCUAUCCUCGGAUGAGUGCCUUGUCUGGAACAAAACUCUAGGUCUUGAGUCGAACCCUUCAAAGGAAGUUGCACAGCAAGUGUACAUUCAGCGUAUAAUGCAGCCAUUGCUGGGCACUGAACAUGUUGAUGCUGGGGUUCAAGUCCUUGUUUCUCGUGAAUUUCUAGAAUUGAUUGAAAAAAAUGUUCACCACGAGCGCCCUUCUUGGCGAGUUGAUGCAUCCAAAAUCGAUACCCUCUGUGAUUCUGCUGUUCUUAUUUCAGAUCAUUGUAUUUUCCCCACUGUCACUCUAAAAGAGAAAUUGUGUUUCUCUGUUGAGAUAAAGCCAAAGUGGGGAUUUCUUCCAGUUUCAACAUUUAUCGCAGAAGAAAAUGCUAUUAAAAAGAGCAUAUCUCGUUUCAAGAUGCAUCAGGCAUUAAAAUUUUACAAGAAUGAGGUAACAGAAAUAAGUGAAUAUGAUCCACUUGAUAUGUUUUCUGGGUCCAUAGACGGAAUUCAUAAGGCAAUAGAGUCUCUCUUCAGAACGCCUCAGAAUAACUUUCGCUUCUUCUUGAAUGGUCGUCUUAUUAACACAAUUAGUGUAGAAUUUGAAGAUGUACUGAAGGGUCUCAUUAGAGCAGAUGAUAGCAUUCCGAAUUUCAUACAGCUUUUAACUGAGGGGUUGUAUAAAUCUGGAUUGCUAGACCGACUCUUGGAAAUUCAGAAGCUCGAUACUAUUGACGUAGAAGGGGCUAUUCAUGCAUAUUAUGAUGUUAUCUCGAAGCCUUGUGUGGCGUGUAAUAAAGUUGUACAGGGCGUUGGCUUAUCUGAGAAAUUUGCUGUUCUGCAUUCGUUUUCGUUGGAUGAAAAACUUAAGAUUGUUAGGGAUUUUCUUAUCUCGGCAACUGCAAAGGACUUGAGUAUGAUGAUUACGUUUGAAUUGAAAGAAGAUGGAGGACUUGUUGAAUCUUCCUACAAUAGCUUGUUUCUUGCGUCAACUAACCAAAGUUUCUAUUACAAGGGUUCAUUCAUUGACCUGGAUAUGAAAUCUUUGAAGAAAAUGGAUUAUUACUAUGAGUUGGAUCAACGGAUUGUCACCUUCUACACAAAGAUGUUGAAGAAAGAACCAACCGGUUGAACAAAGUCUUGUAGCGAGAUCAAUCAUCAGGUACACUAUUUUCAUGUGUGUUUUAACCAUGAUCUUUAAUAUGUCAUGCUUGAGUUUGGUGUUGUUGUAAGUUAGGAUUUACAUCUACCCACUAAGAGAAAAAUCUUGAUUAUUUGGAUUGUAGUGAUUUGUAAUAAAAUAGUGGGAAUGAUUUGUAAUAAAUUGUAGAAAAUUGAAGUUUGAUAUCUAUAUAAAUUACUAUUCUAACCUAGAAUGGAAGUCUCAUGUUGUUUGGAAA